CAGAGCGCCGCACGGCCGCCUGCCCGCAGUUGUUUUGUUCUUCUGCCACUGUCAUAUACUCGGAUUCGUGGCUUCGCUGUCUUCUUCUGGCCAACAUCUUCUGCCAAAGUCGACAAAUCCAUGUUUGGUCGAACUCCACAAAAUGGCGUGGUCCAAGUGGGCUCCCGUACAUUUGAAGCCCAAGAACUGCAAAAACUCAUUCCACAACUUGAAGAAGCGAUUCAGAGGAAGGAUCAGCAGCUGAAAGCACAGCAGGGAACAGUUGAAAAUCAUAUCCGACGGAUAGUUGAAUUGGAAGCCGAAGUAACUUCUCUGCAGCGAGAAUGCGACAAAUUGCGCUCAGUUUUGGAGCAAAAAGCGCAGUCUGCUGCCAGCCCGAUGGGAGGAAUAGCACCCUCUUCUCCGCGAUCAGAACAACUUGGGAAUGAUUUGAAAGAAAAGGCUGUGCUUCCAUCGGAUGGAGCGAGUAUGCGGGCGAAAAAAUUGGCCGUGUCCGCGGAGCCCACCAAUUUCGAGACCCAAGCUACUACCUUACAACAUUACAACAAGACCGCCGGUUCGAAACAGCUCAUUCGAGAUGCUGUGCACAAGAACGACUUCCUGAAGCAGUUGGCUAAAGAGCAAAUCAUUGAGAUUGUGGAAUGCAUGUACGAAAUGCGAGCACGCGCCGGCCAAUGGGUUAUUCAAGAAGGAGAGCCGGGUGACCGACUAUUUGUUGUUGCGGAGGGUGAGCUUCAAGUCUCUCGAGAAGGGCAGGUUUUGGGCACUCUUCGUCCGGGCAUUGUGAUGGGAGAACUUGCCAUACUGUACAACUGCACAAGGACUGCGUCUAUACAGGCGCUCACCGACGUUCAGCUAUGGGUUUUGGAUCGAAGUGUCUUCCAAACUAUCACUCAACGAUUGGGAAUGGAAAGACAUACACAGCUAAUGAACUUUUUGAGCAAGGUUUCAAUUUUCGAAAAUUUGUCCGAGGAUCGUAUUUCAAAAAUGGCAGAUGUCAUGGAUCAAGAUUAUUACGCAGCGGGACAUUAUAUCAUUCGCCAAGGCGAAAAGGGUGAUGCUUUCUUCGUGAUAAAUAGUGGUACAGUGAAAGUGACGCAGUUAAUAGAAGGUGAAACCGAACCACGGGAAAUUAGGAUUCUCAAUCAGGGCGACUUUUUCGGGGAGAGGGCCUUACUCGGUGAUGAGGUUAGGACAGCAAAUAUUAUAGCACAAGCACCUGGAGUGGAAGUGCUUACCCUUGACAGGGAAUCGUUCCUGAAGCUCAUCGGUGAUCUCGAAGCGUUGAAGCGCGACUAUGGGGAUAAGGAGCGAUUAGCACAAGUGACAUUAGAGCCUCCCAGUCCCACUAAAGACAUCAUCCGAGAAGAGUUCGCUCAUGUACAUUUGAAAAACAUAAAGCGAUUAGCAACGCUAGGCGUUGGUGGAUUCGGGCGUGUUGAACUGGUUUGUAUCAAUGGUGAUAAAUCACGAACAUUUGCCUUGAAAGCGUUGAAGAAGAAACAUAUAGUGGAUACGCGGCAGCAGGAGCACAUCUUCGCAGAGAGAAAUAUCAUGAUGGAAACGAAUUCCGAGUGGAUCGUCAAGCUCUACAAAACAUACCGUGAUACAAAAUACGUGUAUAUGUUAUUGGAGGUGUGUUUGGGUGGAGAGCUAUGGACGACGCUCAGGGACAGAGGUCAUUUCGAUGAUUACACUGCCCGAUUUUACGUUGCGUGCGUGCUAGAGGGACUGGAGUAUCUUCAUAGAAAGCAUAUUGUUUAUCGUGAUCUCAAACCGGAAAAUUGCCUACUCACCAAUGCCGGAUAUCUAAAACUAGUUGACUUCGGUUUUGCUAAGAAGCUAGCUUCAGGAAGGAAGACGUGGACAUUCUGUGGAACACCAGAAUAUGUAUCACCUGAGAUUAUUUUGAAUAAGGGUCACGACCAAGCAGCAGAUUAUUGGGCACUGGGUAUUUACAUAUGUGAACUGAUGCUUGGUCGACCGCCUUUCCAGGCAAGUGAUCCAAUGAAGACCUACACGCUUAUCUUGAAGGGUGUCGAUGCUUUGGAAAUACCAAAUCGUCGAAUAGGCAAAACUGCCACAGCACUGGUGAAAAAAUUAUGCAGAGAUAAUCCUGGCGAGCGGUUAGGGUCAGGAUCCGGAGGCGUGAAUGAUAUUAGAAAACAUCGUUGGUUUAUGGGUUUCGACUGGGAGGGACUUCGAUCGCGUGCACUCAAAGCACCAAUUUUGCCAAAGGUGUCAAAUCCUGCAGAUGUUACCAACUUCGACAACUAUCCUCCAGAUCAGGAUGUGCCACCAGAUGAGUUCUCAGGGUGGGAUGAAGGCUUCUAGAUAGGCUUGCUGCUCCUGCUAUAUGACGGUAUAAAAUACCGUUUUUGUUCAUUCAUCGUUGUCUGAAGUUUGUAUAUGUAUAUAAAUACAGAAUGUCUGAUUGGUUGACAUUGACUGUGAACUUAUACUUGUUACUUGUCCUUUGUCGCAAAUUUUCGUGUCUAAGUAGAGAUUCUAGUCUAUCUUUUGUUACUUUUCAUCAAUUUUUUUACCUGCGUAUCUGUGCACUUCUUGAUUUCUUUAGGUUUCGAUUAGCCAGCGAGAAAAUUCGUUAACAAUCCGCUACCUUUUCUUGUUGUCUCGCUUCCAAUCUCCCCUUUCUUUUUCUGUUGUCACCGUCGCGUAUCUGCCAUGUCGUUAUCAUACUAUUAUUUCUACCCGGUAGAAGCCGUAGACUCUAUCCAGGUUUUACUUCUUGUCGCGGCGACAUUUCCAACCUCAAUUGAUUAUUCACGUGUUCAGCCAAAUGUACACUCCAGCCGCUUUUGAAAUAUCAUAAAUAUCUAUUUCUCAG